AUGUCCGCCAACGAUUAUUACGGCAACUCCAACAGCGGCUAUGGCCAGCAGGGUGGUUACCCUCAGCAGCAAAGCUAUGGCCAGCCUCAAUACGGUCAACAGAGUGGCUAUCCUCAACAGCAGCAGUACUCUCAGCCACAAUACUCUCAGCAUCAACAACCUCAAAGCUACGGAGGCUACAACCAGCAGCAACCUCAAUACUCUUCCCACGACCAACAGCCCAGCUACAACUCCCACUCCCCCGCACCUCAGCAGGGCUACGGCCAGCAGCACGGCUCAUCGCCUUACCCUCCCCAGCACCAGGACAACUCUCAGUAUGGUGCUCCCGCUUAUCCCCAGCAAGGCGGCGCUCCAGGCCAGUACCCUCCUGGCCAACCCGGCCCCGACGGCGAGCGCGGUCUCGCAGCUACUCUCGUCGGUGGAGGCGCAGCUGCUUGGGCUGCGCGUACAUCGGGAGGGGGCCUUCUCGGUAGUCUUGGUGCUGCUGCGGCUGGUGCUAUUGGCGCCAAUGUUCUUGAGAACAAGUUCAAGAAGAACAAGAAAAAUAAGAAGGAUAAGAAGCACAAGAAGCGAGGUAUCAACGGCAGCUCCAGCAGCAGCAGCGACUCCGACUGA